AUGAGUUCCCUACACCCCAAAAUUCCAACACCGGUUGACGAAUUUGUCCAGACUGAAUUCGACUAUUUGAUUUGCGGAGGGGGUACAGCAGGAUGCACGAUCGCUGCUCGUCUCAGCGAAAACCCAAAUGUCUUGGUCGGCGUGAUCGAGGCAGGAAAGGACCGAAUUGGAGAUCCAACCGUUGAUACCCCAGCAUUAUUUACGCAAAUGCUUGAGGAUCCUGAGUAUGACUGGUGCAUGUACACCGAGCCACAGUAUGGGAAUCGUGGGAAGUCUCACCACAUUCCACGCGGGAAGCUCCUCGGUGGCUCCAGUGGCAUGAACGCAAUGAUGUAUGUUCGGGGCUCCUCGCAGGACUACGAUGAUUGGGCGGUCUUGACAGGCGAUGAGGGCUGGUCCGCCAAGAACAUGCAACAUUACAUGAAAAAGCAUCAGGUACGAUCUGUAUUGCUUUUCCUUCGUCUUGGUCGCGAUUUACUGAUCACAAAAAUUUGGCAGACACUCGAGCCCACUAGUUCGGUUGUUUCGGAAACGAUGCCAUUUGUGGAUGGGUUCCACGGUACCGACGGGCCGAUCCGCACCAGCUUUAAUGACACAAUCACGCCGAUCGAGAAAAAUAUCAUUGAUGCAUGCGACGAGGCCACGAACAUAGUCAGCAAGCCCACUGAUCCUUGGAGUGGCGACCACAUCGGCUUCUACCAUACACUCGGCUCUGUGAUCCGGACAGGGCCAGAUAAGGGCAAACGCAGCUAUGCCGCGCGGGGUUAUUAUGAGGAGAACCGACAACGACCAAACCUCAAAAUUUUGUGCGAAUCACUUGUCAAUAAAAUCAUCUUAGAAGGCAACAGAGCCACGGGAGUCAGUAUCACACAUGGGGACAGGGAGUUCACGAUUCUUGCUAGACGGGAAAUCAUUGUCAGUGGUGGCGCGAUUAACUCUCCGCAAAUCCUAGAGUUAUCCGGAAUUGGCGACCCUGACAUCCUGUGCGCUGCGGGAGUCGAAUGCAAAAUUCCCAAUCGCAGUAUUGGCGCGAACUUGCAAGAUCAUUCCAUGACUUUCGUGACGUUCGUGGUGAAACCAGAAGUCGCAGUCAAUGAAAGCUUGAACGGUGGACCGGAAAAGCUUCAGGCCGUUAUCGACCAAUAUCGAGAAUCUGGAUCCGGUCCGCUCAGCUGUAUUCUCAGUGUACAGGGCUUUUUCCCAGCGAAGAGUAUUAGUUCCGGGGCAGAAUUGGAGCAAAUUGUGCAAGGUAUCCGAGAAAUUCAACCGAAUAGCGAGUUUCACGAGAAACAGCUCUCCUUGAUUAUAUCUCACCUGCAGAGUGAGAAUUCGGCCAAUAUCCAAGUUGUGCUCAUAUCUGCAACUGCCAGUGCAAGGGGAGUUGAGCAUCAGAGUGAACUCAUUCAGCCACCAUCAGCAGAGGACCCGGCUGGGUUUACAUUGCUGCUUUGUGCACAAUACCCUGUCGCGCGUGGAUACGUUCACAUCCAAAGCUCAGAUCCUACCGUACAACCGAUGAUCCAGCCGAAUUAUGGAGGCCAUGAGGCUGACAUCGCGUUGCUCGCAGCCGCGCUUCGUUGGACUGACAAAGUCGCCAGCUCAGAGCACCUUCAGCCAUCAAUCAUACAUCGCUAUUUUCCGGAACCUACCAAAGAUUUGCAGGAUUUAGAAACAGCCAAAGAAGCAGUUCAUGAUUUGAUCAUGGGAGAGUACCAUAUUUGUGGCUCGGUAGCGAUGGGCGAUGCCUUGGAUUCGCGUCUGCGGGUCAAGGGUGUGGAUGGCCUGAGGGUAGCGGAUGCCUCUGUUUUCCCGAACAACGUAAGUGGGAAUAUCUUGAGCAGUGUAUAUGCUGUAGCCGAGAAAGCUGCGGAUAUGAUAGUAGAGGAUGGGUGCCUUAAUUGA